ACGAUGUCAGCCGAUGCUUGAUUUCGACUACUCGUCCGAGAUCGGCUCUGUCGGCUCCGUUUGACUAGAGUUUCUUCCUUCGAGCUACGUGGAAACGCAUCAAUCUCAAAAAAUGGUGGAAAUCGAGUCGAUGACGAGAUACGUCUCGCCGGUGAACCCAGCUGUCUUCCCGUUGCUGGCUGUGGUGCUGCUAGGAAUUGGAGUAUUUUUCACGGCUUGGUUCUUCGUGUACGAGGUUACCAGCACUAAAUUCACGCGAGACAUAUUCAAGGAGGCGUUAAUUUCUCUGGUCGCUGCGUUGUUCUCUAGCUUCGGUGUACUCUUCCUGCUGCUCUGGGUUGGAAUUUAUGUAUAGAUCACGUCGAUAAGGGGUUGAAAUUUUUACCGAGAAAAUAUUUGUAAUUGUUAAAAAAAAUAUAUCUAUAUAUAAUAUGAAA